ACCGGAAGACCACACUGUUGACUUGAGCGCAUCAAAAGUAGGUGAAACAGUGAGGAAGCGACGGAAUUUUGAUAAACGCUCGAAAAUGUCAGCUGGUGGCGGAAUUAAGAUACCGAGCCGCUUGCCGCUGCUGCUGAUAGAUGAAGGCGUGCUUCUCCCGGGCUCCACCGUCCGGUUCAGCGUCAACUCCCCGCGGAACAUGCACCUGGUGAAACACCGUCUGCUCACCGGGACGUCUCUCAAGAGCACCAUCAUUGGAGUCAUUCCCAACACGAGAGACCCGGAGCACGACACCGACCAGCUGCCCGCCUUGCACAAAAUCGGAACUGCUGGGAUCGCUGUCCAGGUGGUCGGCAGUAACUGGCCGAAGCCUCACUACACCCUCCUCAUCACGGGACUGUGCCGCUUCAGUGUGUCCAGUCUGCUGAGGGAGCAACCCUUCGUCCUGGCAGAGGUGGAGCAGCUGGACCAGCUGGAGCAAUACACUAACCCAGCUAUUGAUGAUCUCCCAGGAGAUGGUGAGCUGGGGGAGCUGUCGCAGAAGUUUUACCAGGCUGCUCUUCAGCUCUUGGGUAUGCUGGACAUCUCCGUUCCCGUGGUGGCCAAAUUCCGCCGGAUGUUGGACAGCUUGCCCAAAGAAACUCUUCCUGACGUUGUUGCAUCUAUGAUCCGAACUUCCAACAAAGAGAAGUUGCAGGUGCUUGAAGCUGUCAGCCUGGAGGAGCGUUUCAAGAUGGUCCUGCCGAUGCUCAUGAGACAAAUCGAGGGUCUUAAACUGCUGCAGAAGACUAGAAAGAGCAACCCUGAUCAGGAGAAGAUGGUUUUGAAGAUGCGUAAAGGAGCCAUGCUUCCAAGCCGACCCUUCAGUCUGGAUGAGGAGGACGAGGACGAAGAUGACACUGCAGCUCUGGAAAGAAAGCUUCAGAGAGCCAACAUGCCCGAAGCUGCUCUGAAAGUUUGUCUGAAAGAGCUCAAGAGAUUGAAGAAGAUGCCUCAGUCCAUGCCUGAGUACGCGCUGACCCGAAACUACUUGGAUCUGAUGGUAGAACUUCCCUGGAGCAAAAGCACGAAAGACUGUCUGGACAUCCGAGCGGCCCGCACUCUGCUGGACAACGACCAUUACGCCCUUGACAAGCUGAAGCGACGCGUGUUGGAGUAUCUGGCAGUCAGACAGUUGAAGGCCUCGCUCAAGGGGCCUAUUCUCUGCUUCGUGGGGCCCCCAGGAGUGGGAAAGACUAGUGUGGGGCGAUCCAUCGCCAAAACCCUCGGAAGAGAGUUCCACCGCAUCGCUCUUGGUGGCGUUUGUGACCAGUCAGACAUCAGGGGCCACAGGCGCACAUAUGUUGGGAGUAUGCCCGGGCGCAUCAUCAACGGUUUGAAGACAGUGGGAGUAAAUAAUCCAGUGUUCCUCCUGGACGAGGUGGACAAACUGGGAAAGAGUCUGCAAGGAGAUCCAGCAGCUGCGCUCCUGGAGGUUCUGGACCCGGAGCAAAACCACAGUUUCACCGACCAUUACCUCAAUGUGGCCUUUGACCUUUCCCAAGUGCUUUUCAUCGCUACUGCAAACACCACGGCCACAAUUCCCCCUGCUCUCCUGGACAGGAUGGAGGUGCUUCAGGUCCCAGGAUACACUCAGGAGGAAAAAGUGGAGAUCGCUCAUCGGCAUCUGAUUCCAAACCAGCUGGAACAACACGGACUGACACCUCAGCAGCUGCACAUCCCGCAAGACACCACACAGGAUAUUAUUACCAGGUACACGCGCGAGGCCGGCGUGCGCUCGCUGGAGAGGAAGAUCGGCGCCGUGUGUCGCGCCGUGGCUGUGAAGGUAGCGGAAGGUCACAGAACCGACAGUGGGGAGUCCAGCGCCGGCGGGUCGACCCAGCACGGAGACCUGGCGGCCCCUCCUGAGAUGCCCAUCGUGAUCGACAGCGCCGCUCUCAAAGACAUCCUGGGUCAGCCGCAGUUCGAGAUGGAGGUGUCCGAGCGCCUCACGCUCCCUGGGGUGGCCCUGGGUCUGGCCUGGACCCCCUUCGGAGGUGAGAUCAUGUUUGUGGAGGCCAGUCGCAUGGAGGGUGAGGGUCAGCUGACCCUGACCGGGCAGCUGGGGGACGUCAUGAAGGAGUCGGCUCAUCUGGCCAUCAGCUGGCUGCGGGCCAACGCCAGGACCUACCAGCUGACCAACCUGGUCGGCGGCCCAGACCCGCUGGAGGGCACGGACAUCCACCUGCACUUCCCCGCUGGAGCCGUCACCAAGGACGGCCCCUCGGCCGGCGUCACCAUAGUGACCUGCCUGGCGUCGCUCUUCAGCCGCCGCCUGGUCCGGUCCGACGUCGCCAUGACCGGAGAGAUCACCCUGAGAGGACUGGUGCUGCCGGUGGGCGGGAUCAAGGACAAGGUCCUGGCAGCUCACAGGGCCGGCGUGAAGCGGGUCAUCCUGCCCGAGCGCAACCAGAAGGACCUGGAGGAGCUGCCGGCCAACGUGCGAGCGGAUCUGGACUUCGUCACGGCUCGGACUCUGGACGACGUUCUGAACGCGGCCUUCGAUGGAGGUUUCCCCGGAGCCACGGUGCCGACGCAGCUGGCCAGCAAGCUGUAGAGGAGGGCGCCGCAUCGUCGGUCCUGCUGGAGCCCGCAUCUCUCUGCAGGAGAAGGACCGGUGGAGACGUCAGCGCAGUGACUGUCCCUGUAGUUCACUAAUGCCAGAGUUUUUCACAUUAACCACUCUGAUUUGCACUCGCCUGUAUAAAGCUAAAUAAAUGAAAGAUAUUUGACAGUUUCCUUUGUUUCUGAGUCACUUUCUCUAGAGGUGAUGAAGUGGACUCGCCAUGCCGUGUCAACAGACCCUCAGGAAACAAGAGCAUAAUCCGGAUUCGAGAGUGACGCGACUGGCGCGAAUG